AUGAGAGGGAUGGUGAGUUUUACCAUUUGGGCUCUGUUUGCUGCUUUACUCUCACAGCAACUCUUUGCUUCUGUUGCUUCCAUACGUUUUGAGGAUGAGAAAACAUAUUACUUAUCUCCUCCCACUGGAACCCCUCCAUCUCACACUCCAGAUCCUUCAACACCAUCAUACACUCCUCCUUCUAACUGUGGAAGUCCACCUUACGACCCUUCAACUCCUCCAACUCCUAAAACUCCAUCUCACACUCCAACUCCUAAAACUCCAACUCCUAAGACUCCAACUCCUAAAACUCCUUCACACACUCCAACUCCUAAGACUCCUUCACACACUCCAACUCCUAAAACACCAUCACACACACCUCCUUGUAGCUGUGGAACUCCACCGUCACACACUCCAACUCCAUCACACCCUUCCACGCCUUCACAUCCUCCUUCUGGUGGAUAUUACUCAUCUCCUCCACCAAGUACUCCCAUUGUUGUGACUCCACCAACACCAAUUGUUGAUCCAGGUACACCCAUCAUUGGAGGAAGCCCACCAAUUGAUCCAGGCACUCCUGGAACUCCUUUUGUUCCUGCUCCUUUCCCACCAUUCACUGGAACAUGCGAUUACUGGAGAAACCACCCUACAUUGAUAUGGGGUUUGCUUGGAUGGUGGGGAACUGUUGGAGGAGCUUUUGGUACAGUCAGUGCUUCCAGUACCAUUCCAGGGUUUGAUCCUCACAUGAACCUCCUUCAAGCACUUUCAAACACCCGUACCGAUGCAAUUGGAUCUCUCUACCGUGAAGGAACAGCGUCUUGGUUAAACUCAAUGGUCAACAAUAGGUUCCCUUUCACUACUCCUCAAGUCAGAGAGCACUUUAUGGCUGGACUUUCUUCAACCAAAGCAGCCACAAAACAAGCACAUACCUUCAAGCUUGCUAAUGAAGGUCACCUAAAGCCAAGAAUCUGA